AUGAGCGCACUCACCAGCUUCGAUGCCCUUCACGAGCCCCAAUCCGAAGACCCGCCCGAGAACGUGCUCUCAAAGAUAUUCCAACGAGUCAAAUCCACCCUCUCCACCUCCCAUACCGCACCCACACCCACACCACCAACUUCAACAGCAACAACCACAGGAGUCUUCCCCUCCUCUUCCUCCUCUGACCGCGUCAACACCACAAGCGCUUCCUCGUCUUCGACAUCCCUCCACGCUGGUAGUACUGCUGACGCACACCUGACUACCAUCCUCAACAGCGCAGGCGGCAAUAGUAACAGCAACAAUGGCAUUAGUCAAUUGGCUACUGUUGGUCAGUCGGACCAGUAUUUGAGUCGAAUUCAUGAUAAGGCGUCUAGUACGACUUCGUCGUCUACGUCUACGACGGGAACCUCGGAGACUGGAUCGUGGGUCGUCACCUCCGACAGCGCUACAAGCAGCAACAAUAACAGCAAUAACAAUGGGGGCACCAAAACAACACUUCCAAACAGCAGCAACAACAACACGGGAGCGCGACAUGGGGUCUUGAGUACAGUCGACAAUAGCAUGGACAAGGCCAGUGUGGUACGGCGGAGUUACCCCGCCACCACCUCAUCAACAGCUCCCAAGAGGGCGUCGUCGCUGUUCAAAGUGAGCACCCUCGAUCACAGCAUUGUCCAGUCCGACGAUACUGCCCCGCUCUCUUCCUUGGCUCCCCCUGUAAUGUCAUUCAGUCCUGCUUUUGGAGGCCCAUCCGAGUCUGUGGGGGCUGUGAUGAAUCGGCCCAUUGAUAGAGACAACUCAACGACGCGCGACUACAUCCACCAAACGCUUGGUGCCAAGGAUGCUUCCUAUGACUCGGAUGCCCGCUCAAUCAGGAGUUUCAGUUCUGGGCACCAUAAGGGCAACUCGCUAACAAAAGUCAUCCGUCGGCUUCGAGGAGAGGGUGUGAACAAGGAUUACUGGAUGGCAGACGAAAAUGCAAAGGAGUGCUUUGGUUGCAGCGCUUCCUUUUUCGUCUUUCGCAGGAAGCACCAUUGCCGCAUCUGUGGGCACAUCUUUUGCUCAAAGUGCGCGAACAAGAUUAUACCCGGAGCCAAGCUUGGAUACGAGGGUUAUUUACGAGUGUGCAAUUAUUGUCUAGACAUCAUGCAGCAGUACGAGCAGCCGGAGAACGGUCCAAGCGAUUAUACCCCAGGAUCAUCAUGGCCUACACCCAUACCCCCCAACAUCCACGGACACUUUUCCCAACAGCUCCCCAUGUCACCCAGCACCAACACGAACCAGCAAGCAGACGGCACCCCUCUAGACGGGAUCAGGAAGUUUCUUCACGCAGGCUCAAACUUGUUUCUAGCCCGGUCUCGCUCUAAUACCACCACUGGCGACCAGAUCGAUGGGAACAUAGCACCUUUUCGGAGGUCUUUAGCCCUGGAGGAUGGCCAUAUGAACGAUUCUGUCCUGGAUCCAGAGAUUGCGCCCUUUAUGGGCGAGGAAGACGAUGAUGAUGGUGAUGAUCUUUGGCCAUCAAAUUCACCAAACCCGAUGGGGUUCCUGUCUCUGCAUGGACCUCACAACGACCCGAGCAGCGACGAUGACUUUUCGGACUAUGGCCCCAGGGACAAGACUACGCCGCUGCGAGCGCCGCGAGCCGAAGAUAUUCGCGACAUGUUUGCCAAGGAUCGUUCGCCUAUUAAUCGCAGGAUCAGUAUCAAGGGCAACAGGCCAAACAGGAACCUAAGCUUGAGUCUCAAGACCCGCGGCCUGCUGAGACCAGAUGGGGUAGAAUCUGCUAGGUCGCCCAUGGAUAUUAGGCCCAGCUCACCGUUCUUGACCUCAGGUUCUCAGUCUUUGAUGCAUACAAACCGACACUCCAGAGCAGCGUCCAUGGUGACCAGUGCCGUGGAACUCAACAGCGCAUCCUUGCAGCACAUGCGGCGCCUCUUGCGACAGCUUUUGACGCGGUUCGAGAUCGACAGCGCCGAUGGUUGGGAGGAUGUGAUCAUGAAGCUGGUGCUCAAGGUUUCAAACAGCAUUCAGAUCCUCGGAAUCAUGGACGUGAUGCAGGUAGUCAAGAUCAAGAAAAUCCCCGGCGGCACGGCUCAGGACACUCUUUAUAUCGACGGUGUUGUCUGCACCAAGAACCUGGCCCACAAGCAGAUGAGUCGCACGCUUCAGAACCCGCGGAUCCUGAUCCUGAAGUUUGCCCUCGAGUACCAACGCAUCGAGAACCACUUUAUAUCACUGGAGCCGAUUGUCAAACAGGAGAAAGAGUACCUGCAGCACCUUGUCGCCCGCAUUGUUGCUCUGUCCCCGCAUGUUGUUAUUGUCGAGAAGACGGUCUCUCGACUUGCCUUAGAGCUUCUGCUGACUCACAAUGUCGCCGUGGCCUACAACGUCAAGCCUGAAGUGACGGAGGCGAUCGCUCAUUCGACCGGUGCGGACAUCAUCCUUUCGUUCGACAAGCUGGGCAAAGAGCCACGACUGGGCACAUGCGGUACCUUUGAGGUCAAGACCUUCGUUCACGAGCUGAUCCCCAACAAGAGAAAGAGCUACAUGUUCUUCCAGGACUGUCCAGGCAACCUGUUCUGCUCUUUGGUCCUUCGUGGUGGGUGUUUGGAGACACUCAACAGGAUCAAGAAAGUCGUGCGGUUGAUGGUCUGGGUUUCCUACCAUCUCAAGCUGGAGACGUCUUUGAUGAGUGACCAGUUCGCCAUGACCUCUGCCAUGCGAGAUUCGCAAAUGGCGGACGAGGAGAAAGUCGACAUUUCACCUGAUCUGGACAUCAGCCGACUACAGGAGUAUCUCAUCCCUUACAAGAAGACCAUCCUUUCAGCAUCGCCCUUUGUCCGCUUCAACCCACCCUUCCUUCUGGUGCAGAUGAUUGACGAUGCAGAGAAGCUGAAGAAGAUCGAGCAGUCGGCAACGCCCUCGUCCUUGCGCGAGAUCGGGAACGCCAAAAUCACCUUCGCGACAUCGAGCGCUACCGCCAUUGUCACAAAGUCAACAGGACGAUCUCAGGACAGCGGAUUCGUCGAGGGUGCAUACAUCGACAUUUCUAACGAUUUCCAGUCAAAGAGCAAGGCCUGGGAGGACUUUUUGAGCACCAACAUCGGGCCGCCCCACAUUGCUCCAUUCGCCUAUCAAAACUUGACAUGUCUUUUCUCGAACGUCUGCACGGUCACCAAGGCAACAUGCGAUGGUCCAAUUAUCCGCCUCAUCCAGUACUACGUCCUCGACUCGGACGUGACCUUGGCGAACUACCUGGAGCAGAUCUGUUGGGAGGCCAAUUAUAUUUGCCCUUCAUCAUCUUGCGACCGACCCUUGCGCGACCACCAACGGAUCUAUGCUCACGGAGAUGCCAAGGUGGUGGUAACCAUCGAGCAGUGGGACUCUUUGACGGCGUUGAAGAAGGACUCGAUUAUGAUGUGGAGCCGGUGCAAGGUCUGCAACGUGGAGACGCCUCAGGUCUAUAUCUCGGACGACACCAAAAACUACUCUUUCGGAAAGUUCCUCGAGUUGAUCUUUUACCAGACCAACCUCACCUGCCGAGCCAACUUUUGCCCACACGACAUCAACCGCAACCAUGUCCGGUACUUUGGCGUCGACACCCAGCUGGUUAGGAUUGAGCGAAUCCCGAUUCGCCUGUACGACAUUAACUUCCCACCUAUGCUGGUCCGGUGCAAGCCCGAGUUCUCUGCCCGGACCAAGAACCAGGAAUUAGAUUUGGUGCGCUCGCUCAUCACACGAUACUGGGACUCUGUUAUGGAGCGGAUCAAGAACUGUAUUUUCGACGUUGUCCACCCGUCCAAGAUCGAGGCUGCCAAGCAGGAACUGUUGGAGAUGUCGCGUAAUGUUGUGGUGGAGAAGAAGGCGAUCCUGCAGCUGCUCCAGCAGACCUAUCUUAACAGUGCCCCCACGGAUACCUUGGCGCUGAAUAUGGUGCGGAUCAAACUCUACGAGAAAGCAGUUGGAUGGAACAAGACCUUUGGAGACUUUGCUAGGGAGUACUUCAACCCAGACCGUGAUUUCAGGAGGAGGACCUCACAGCUCCGCCGGUUGUUUGACGAGAAGGAGUUCCCUGUGGCGUCGGAUCGUGCUCACCAUGCGGGACUGAUGAAUGACUUGCCAAUGACUUUGGACUUUGAGGGCAAUAUCGAGUCGCCUUAUGAGGACUCGUACGACUUUACGCCAUCAGAUCUGCCAUACCUCGGAAGCUCCCCCACUUUGGAUAUCGCCAAGCCCAAGGUCGAACAGGGCGAUGUCGCAGCUCUUGAGAAUGCCAUCCAGACAGCUACUUCCCAGAUUGCGUUCCCCUUCAUGGAGCCCAAGGUCACUCGUAGGCUGUCGAUGAACCUGAUGCAAGAGUUUAGGCCCAAGCUCACCCAGACCUUGACGUCCGAGUCCAUUUUGACUGUCACUGACGAAGAUUUGAACGAGAAGACCAAGCCCAAGGAGUCUCCAAUGCCACCCGUCAUUCCAAGGAUCCCCCUCCCUGCUUCACGCCAAACAACCAGAGUUUCGAGUCGACUGUCAAUGGUCUCCCUGCCUACGUUUGAUCCAAUGAGUCUUAUGCACCCGGACCGGAAGGACAUGCAGAACCCACGCUCAGGAGUUGCGGGAUCCACGGGAGUCGUCUCGAUCUUGCCAGUACACUCUGGACAGGCAUCGCCGCACGGUGCCAUGAGGAACCUGGGAGAGCGAAUGAUUAUUCCCCUGGCAAGGACACCAACGAGCGAACGACCAGGCGCAAUUUCAAGUUCACCGUCGACAUCUGGCAAGAAUCCGUUCUUUUUCAAUAAGCCACGCGCUCGUCGACCCUCAGACAUGCCCUCGUCAGGAUCUAGUUCGACCACCACCAGUGCAGUGUCGACAUUGGCAGCGCAUGAGAGAGGCUAUCCUUCUACCAACAAUCUUUCAUCAGCAACAUCCCUCAGCAACCGUCGUUCCCUCUACCUUGCCCGAGCGCAAGGAGGCGGUAUUCCUAUUCCAACAACCAAUCCAUCAUCAAGUGACCCUCCUGGUCGACACGUCAUAGGAAACCGACACCGCGCUCAGACUCAGCCUACGGCAGGACCCAAUGGCAAUGCUCGAGGACGCUAUGUCAAUCCACUCUCGAACCGCAUCCAGCGUCCCUUGGAGACGAAGCUGCCAGCGAUCGAGGUGUUCUCUAGUGUCAACGAGGCGACUAAGGAAGAGUCGGAUGAUGACGAGGAUUAUCAGUCGGAGGGUGAAGGAGACGAGCCUUAUCAGCCAAGGAGAGGAUACACUUUCUCGCUUAUCCAGACUGAUGCAAUGGACGAGGCGUUAGGAAGCGAGGAUCCUUCAACCAUGGAGGCGACUGCGAGCAUGAGGAACACUAAUGGUGCUGGUGGUGCAGGACCUGGUCAAGGAUCGGGUAACGGCGAUGACUUUUUCAUCGAUCCGAUCAUGAUGAUGUUUCUUGGAGACGACGACUAUACUGAGGACCAGCAACAGCAACACCAGCAGAAACAACAGGCGUCGAGCACGACAGGAGGGGCUACAACAAACGCUCGCAACCAUAAUGCUUCGUCAUCGACCGUUGGAUCGCCGCCUACUAAGUCUUCUUCGGUGAACAUGAGUGUCACAGGCACACUGACUGCCGCUCUAGCUGCGGCCUCCAAGCUGCAGCAGCUGAGUGAGGUUGCCGAGGGUGUUGAGCGUGGAUCGUUGAUGAAGACCUUGUCCAACUUCUGGCAAGACCGCAACUCGCCCAAUUUCACACCCCUGGAGUAUCCCAUGCAACCGUUUGAGCAUGUGUUCCAUUACUCGCAGAUCAUUGUGCGUGAGGACGAGCCCAGUUCUAUUAUCGCCUUGACGUUGAGUUCGCCCCAGUACGUUGACAAACUCAAGGGUAUCUUCCGCGGUGAUUCGACCGAUGCCGACAAUAGCAACAACGCGACUGCCCCAAUGUCGACAUCAGGAACAGCAACUCCCGCAGAGGAACCAGGAUCAUACGAUAGCAACGGGAACAGUCUGAUGUCGUCGGCGUCUGCGACUGAGGGCAUUUAUGAAGACAUUCAGGUCUUUGACGACUCGCUGCUUUCUGAGCCUGGAACCCACAUGAAAUUCCCGUUCUUGGAUGGAUCGACCAUGCUUUAUUGCAAGAUCUUUUACAUGGAGCAGUUCCACGCAUUGCGCAAAGCAGCAGGGUGUGAAUACUCAUACAUCCAGUCGUUGGCAAGGUGCAUGAAGUGGGACACGACGGGUGGUAAAUCGGGAUCGUCCUUCCUGAAGACCCGUGACGAUCGGUUCAUUAUGAAGCAGCUGUCCAAGAUCGAACUGGAGGCGUUCAUCAAGUUUGCCCCGCACUACUUCCGCUACAUGCAAGAGGCCAUCUACCACAAGCAACCGACGGUUCUGGCCAAGAUUUUUGGAUUUUAUCGUGUAGGCUAUAAGCAUGGAGCGCUGGGUCGUUCGAUGAACAUGGACGUGCUGAUCAUGGAGAACCUGUUCUACGACCGCAAGAACCUUCAGGUCUACGACUUGAAGGGGUCUCGCAGGAACCGAUUUGUGCAACCCUCAGGGAAGGAGAACGAGGUGCUGUUGGACGAGAACUUUAUCGAGUACAUGUCCGAGUCGCCGUUCUUUAUCCGCGAGCACGCUAAGAUGCAACUGAACCAGUCCUUGGUCAAUGAUUCCCAGUUCUUGCAGCGGUUUAAUAUCAUGGACUAUUCGCUUCUGGUAGCGAUUGCGGAUGACAAGAAAGAGUUGUUGGUGGGCAUUGUGGACUUUAUUCGACCGUUUACGUGGGACAAGAAGUUGGAGUCGUGGGUCAAGGAUGCGGUGGGGUCCAAGGAGCCGACGAUUGUUUCACCUGCACAGUAUAAGAAGCGGUUCCGGUCGGCGAUGAAUCGGCAUUUGGAUAUGGUUCCUGACAGGUGGUUUGGGAUUGAGACGUAUUUUGUGGACUCGACGGUGCAUCGGUCGAUUGGGCGGUCGCAACAAUACCAGUUGAUCAAGGACACUGAGCAGGAGUAUGAUCGGCAGCAGCAGCAACAACAACAGCAGCAGAAGGAGUUGGGACCUGAGGGAUAUGAGCAGCAGAAGAAGCAAGGGCAGAUGCAGUUGCACCAGCAUCACCAGUACUCGUAUGAACAGCAGCGACAGCAGGCGAACCGACAGGGGAAAGGACCGUCGCGAGGAGGAGGACCGGAGAUAUCUCAACAGCAUGCCCACCGACACGGAGAUCAUACUCACUACCACCAGCACCACCAGCACCACCAUUCGCGGUAUAGCACUAGUCUUUUGACGGAUGAGCGUGACGGAAGUGGGCUCUCGUCUCGACCCUCUAGCUCCAUAGUCAAUUGA